AUGAUCCGAGCAUCGAUCGUCGUGAUCGUUCUCGGGCUAUGCAUCGUUCACAAUGACGCGGGAUUUCUCAAUCCAAAGAAAUGGGUCUACCUAGUAAACAAUUUGGAGCACAACAAGAACCUAAAGGUCCAUUGCAAAUCUAAGGACGACGAUCUGGGCUACCCGAUCGUGCCUCCUAAAGGAUCGUUCAAAUUCACGUUCAACAGCAGAGUGUUCGGGAUUACGCUCUUCUGGUGCCACAUGUGGCAAGGGCCGAACUUCAAACACCACCAAGUGUUCGAGGCGUACAAUGGCAAGUACCAUAUGCAUCAUCAGAUGAUAUGGGAAGCAAGAGAAGAUGGGAUCUAUUACUCCGAGAACCGGAAAACUUAUAAGCUCAAAUAUCUUUGGGAUGCUCCCCACAAACUAAGUGAGCUUUCGUCCGACUGA